UCACCAAUUUAUUUACUGGACCAUUUAGUUCAUUGUAUUUCAUUUUUAAAUACCUUUAUUGUAAUACACAGUGGCAAUAUUUGCAACACGUAUUUGAGCAAAUAUGUAUAAGUGUGUUGAAUUAAUAGACUGAAAAGGUUAUAAACUAUGUACUAGUAUACACAUGACACUUAGAACAGUGUCACUGGAAAUAGCAGUGUAAGACAACAGAACAAGAACAUAACGAUUUACUUGCAAAAAAAAAACAAUCACUCAUGGCAGUAGUUACUCAGCAACCAUUUUAUUACGCACCGCCUGUCGAAGAAGUACUAUACAAUAAUGGUCCAAUCAAAAUACGUAAAAUGAUGGAUACACAUGAAGACUGCAGCUUUUAUGCACAUUUGUCAACAGAAGCUUUCAAAGACAAAAUGGUUCAUGCAACAAAGGAAUCGAGUAUUCCAAAGGUUAUAGAAUACACUAGAGUGACCAGUAAGGGUCGACCUCAGGAAUUAUAUGAUCGAAUAUUUGUUGCUGAAUAUGAUGGAGUACGCGCUGGCUUAUGCAGUAUAGCUUAUCACGGAGACAAAGAAAAAUUCCCUGAAAGGUCGAGUGAUGUAGUUCCAGAUUUUGAUUGCUGUGAUAUAUGUGGGUUGUUAUGCUUAGAUAGCGCAACAACAGAAAAAAAUGUUCCUGUCGGAAAUUGCUAUCUUGAAUGUAUAUGUGUUGAUGACAAGUUUAGAGGGAAAGGAAUCGGGAAAGUUCUUAUGGACGUUGUUGAAACAGAUGCAAGACAUCAUAAUUGUAAAACUAUGUAUCUAUGGGUUGUUUCAACAAAUCGAGCUCUGAAUUUAUACUCUCGUCAAGGAUAUGUUGUUACAGAAAAUAAAACUUGCUGUUUGAAAUGCAUGUUAGGUGUAAAGAAGGCGUCACGAAUGGAUAAACCCCUAUGAUACCAAGAAGCCAAACAUAAUUCUGUAAUCAUUAUUGUGACAAUCAUUAUGUAACCUAGUGAUCCCCUAUUUCAUAAUAACCAUACAUUAACAUGCAAUUAUAUACAUCUACUGUAACACCUUAACUUUAGGCUUAGCAGCCACUGUUGAGAAUAGGAACUGGAAAAUAUGAACGAAAACUAAAGACAUUCGCAGGAAAACUUGAUCUUCUGCCUGGGUGUGGAAUGCUCUGUCAACAUUGUUCACACAGCUUGAUAGAAAAUCUAUUGCAUUUUGUUUUAGGUACCCCCUGUAAUAUUUGUUCCAUGAGCAUGCAGUAACAUUUCCAAAUGGGAUAAUUAUUUUACAUCUCAUCUGUUUAUAUAGGUUAUAUAAAACAUUUACUCUAAAUUACAUCUACUUGAAA